AUGGCAGUCCAUCCUGUCACUGCGGGAACCACAACUGCUUCUUCUACAGAUGGAUCUCAGCCGUGGCCGACUCCCGUCGAGGGUUACUGUGAGCUGAAGGACUUCCAUUUUCUUAGCGACGAGUCUCUGCCCAAACUCCGCAUUCACUAUCACACCCUCGGCGAGCCACGAUACGAUGCCAAUGGCCGCACCACUAAUGCAGUCCUCAUCAUGCACGGCACGGGGGGCACGGGUGAGCAAUUUUUGAGGGACAUAUUCGCCGGCCAGCUGUUCAAUCCAGGCCAGCCUCUCGAUGCCACCAAGUACUUCAUCAUCCUGCGCGACGGCAUCGGCCACGGCAAGUCCAGCAAGCCCAGCGACAAACUCCGCGCCAAAUUUCCCAAGUACGGCUACCGAGACAUGAUCGCGGCCGACCAUGCCCUGCUGACUCAGGGUCUGGGCGUAAAUCACCUCCGGCUCGUCAUGGGAACCUCCAUGGGUGGCAUGCAGUCGUGGCUCUGGGCCGGCACGUACCCGGACUUCGUGGACGCUGCGAUGCCGUUGGCGUCGCUUCCAACAGAGAUCGCCGGCCGGAACCGGAUGACUCGCAAGGCGAUAAUUGACGCCAUCACUGAGGAUCCAACCUACAAUAGAGGGGACUACGAGACGCAGCCUGUUCAUGGUCUGAAAGCCGCUCUCUAUACGUUGAUGUGGAUGAAGUCGAUACCUCUGCAAUGGCAGAAAGAAUGCCCCGAUCGAGAAUCCGCAGAGGCGUUUCUGCACAGCAAUAUCAGAAUGGCCCUUCGAGACGCGGAUGCCAACGACAUGCUGUACUACGUCUCUGCGUCCGCAGACUACGAUCCUUGGCCGCUACUCGGCGAGAUCAAGGCCCCACUACUGGCCAUCAACUCGGCGGACGACCAGGUCAACCCCCCGAGCUGGGUAUCCUCGAGGAAGGCAUCAAGAGAGUUGCCAAGGGCCGUGCCAUUGUCCUUCCGAUUAGUGGCGAGACCCGUGGCCACGGCACGCACACCUACGCGGCUCUUUGGAGUGACGAAUUGGUGA